AUGUCACCCCCCAGUUUCAAUCUCGGCAUUGUUGCGUGCGGCCAGAUGGGCACGGCGAUUCUGGCCGGAAUCCUUAGUCAAGAUCCCGACGCGAACGCGCCGUGGAACGUGAAGCGGAUAUUUGUCUCAGUCCAGACUGCAGCGUCUGUCUCCCGCCUUCAAAAUAUGUUCGCUCAACACUUGUCCCGUAUAACCAUCUAUCAGGGGGAUAAUCUGGCAGUUGCCGAGCAUUCUCACGUUGUGAUCUUGGGAUGCAAGCCCGCUCUUAUGGAGGGGAUCCUGGGCGCCGAGGGGAUGGGAGAUGCUCUGAAUGAUCAUAUCCUGGUCAGUGUGUUGGCUGGGAAGACUACUGAAAUGACUCGAAGGGCUAUCAGUGACAUUGAAGGCCGAGCAGGCAGAGUGGCCCCUCGAGUGCAUGUUGUGAGGACAAUGCCAAAUAUGGCCGCUCGAGAGCAUGCAUCCAUGACAGUUGUUUCGUCGCCAGAAGAUGAGUCGGACAUUGAAGCCGUGAGGGUGACGAGAUGGCUGUUUGACCACGUCGGAAAGACCCACGAAAUCCCCGAGUCAUUGUUUGACCUGAUUGGGUCGCUUGUUGGAUGCUCAGCGGCCAUGUUUACGGUGGCUGUGGAUGGCUUACUGGACCAGAGUGUUGCAGGUGGCCUCAACCGGCCAGCGGCUUUGAAACUCGUCACUCAGACACUAUACGGUCUGGCGAAGCUGCUGGAGGCGGGGAACCAUCCCUCGGUCUUGCGGGAGGAGAUCUCAUCUCCAGGAGGGAGCACCAUCCAAGGCCUGAUGGAACUUGACCGGCAAGGAGUUCGCUCGGCAUAUGCCUCUGCUCUUGCCGUGACAGGCGAGCGGGCGAAAGCGUUGGGUUCUAAAGAGAAAUAA